AUGGUGAAUUUGGCUGAAUGGGCAAUGAAAUGGCAGAAGAAAGGGCAGCUUGAACAGAUAAUUGAUGUGACUUUGAAAGGGAAGAUUCGGGCGGAUUCUUUGAGGAAAUUUGGUGAAACGGCUGAGAAAUGUUUGUCUGAUUUUGGGGUUGAUAGGCCUUCCAUGGGUGAUGUUUUGUGGAAUCUUGAAUAUGUGCUUCAACUUCAAGAAGCGGUUCUUCAGAAUGAUCCGGAUGAGAAUAGUACGAAUGUGAUCGGAGAGUUGUCGCCGGUGAUUCAUGACUUUAAUCGUGGCAGUGAUGGUGACGGUGAUGGGGCGGCUCAGUUUGAGAUGUCGAGCGGGGAUGAUAUUUCUGGGGUGUCGAUGAGUAAGGUUUUCUCACAGUUGGUGAAAUCGGAGGGGAGAUGA